AUGCAUUUGGCCAACUUUCUGUUGUUCAAUUUGCAACAGUCGCGCAUUGGCUUCAUUUUAUUCUUUCAUUGCUGGUUAAGAAAUGAAACUCUGCAAUUUGCCCAUCAUAUUAAUAACCCACAUCAUCCACAUCAGCCCCUCGUCUACCAUCAGUUUGUUUUCUUGAGCAAUUUUACUCUAUGGCAUGACUUGGAGUUUCGUUAUUUGGAUCAUUUCCAGCCUACAUUGGGAAUUUAUGUUGAUUUGCAUUGCGAGGGAGCUAAACACAUGUUAAAACAGGCGAGUGUAGAGCAGCUUUAUAAUCAGCACUAUCAUUGGCUAUUGCAUGACAGCAGAAGCGAUUUCGACUUUUACGAGUUCUUCAAAUCUCUCAACAUAUCUGUGGACGCUGAUGUGAGCUAUGUUGAGCAAGAGAAGCAUGAAGAGGCUAUGAGCUAUAGACUAUAUGAUGUCUAUAGCAAUGGUAAUCAUAUUGGCGGCAAGCUCAACAUAACGCCACACUAUGAGCUGCAGUGUAAUCGAUUCAAUUGCAGCCUGAGCCGCUAUCUGAGCACAUUGCACUUGCGUUCCAAGUAUCGACAGCGGGAGCAAUUGACCGAUGUGGAGAUGCGCGUGGCUACAGUAGUGACCCAACGACCACUGAGCUGGUCUCGAGAGAUGCUGCUGCAGUUUCUAAGCCAGACGAAUGGCACGCAUGUGGAUGCCAUUGCGCGUUUUGGAUUCCAGCUGUGUCUGCUGCUUCAAGACUUACUGCAGUGCCGCAUGAAGUUCAUCUUUACGGAUCGCUGGAGCACCGAUGAUGUAACUGAUGGCUCGGUAGGCGCUGUAGUCAGUAAGCAGGCGGAUAUUGGCUCAGCACCGUGUCUGGCCACUGAGGGUCGACUGCGUCAUCUAUCGGCACUCAUUGAGACGGGGUACUUUCGUUCCGUUUGCCUAUUCCGCACACCCCACAACGCCGGCAUACGAGGCGAUGUCUUUCUGCAGCCUUUCAGCUCUCUGGUUUGGUAUCUCUUUGGCGGCGUCCUGCUGGCCAUUGCAGCGCUGCUCUGGCUUGCCUUCUACAUGGAGUGCAAGAGCAUGCGGCGUCGCUGGCGUCUGCAGUACGUGCCCUCGCUGCUGAACACCUGUUUGAUUAGCUUCGGAGCCGCUUGCAUACAAAGCUCCUCACUGACGCCGCAUUCAGCAGGUGGUCGCCUAGCCUAUUUUGCUCUGUUCUUGAUUAGCUUCAUUAUGUACAACUACUACACGUCCGUGGUGGUGUCCUCGCUGCUGAGCUCGCCUGUCAAGUCCAACAUCAAGACUGUGCAACAAUUAGCGGAGAGUUCGCUGACCGUGGGACUGGAGCCUUUGUCCUUCACCAAAAGCUAUUUAAAUUAUUCGCUGCGACCGGAAAUCCACUACUUUAGCAAGCGGAAAAUCGAAACUCAGUCAAAGAAUCCGCAGCUUUGGUUGCCCGCCGAGCAGGGACUACUGCGCGUACGCGAUAAUCCCGGCUACGUGUUUGUCUUUGAGUCAUCCUCCGGCUAUGCCUACGUGGAGCAAUAUUAUACCCAGCAGCAGAUUUGCGAUCUCAAUGAGAUACUCUUUCGCCCCGAGCUCUUGCUCUAUACGCACUUGCAUCGUAAUUCCAGCUACAAGGAGAUGGUGCGCCUAAAAUUGCUACGUGUGCUGGAGACCGGAGUUUAUCGCAAGCAUCGCAGCCAAUGGGCGCGCAUGAAGCUGCAUUGUUACUCGCAGAAUUUUGUGAUUACCGUGGGCAUGGAAUAUGUGGCGCCCUUGUUUUUUAUGCUGCUCUGUAGCUAUGUAUGCGUGUUGUUGCUGCUGUUGUUGGAGCUAGGCUGGCGGCGCUACGUGCAGCCGGCGCAUUGAAUUCAUGCCACAAAAACUGUUGUCAAGUUGCACCGCCUGCUUAAAGCGCUUAUGCAAAAUA